AUGGCGGACCUCGACACUUACGACGAUAACCAGCGCAACUACGACGGUAAGUUGCACCCUCCAUCGUCAGCUUCAACAUCUGUCAGCAGCAUCACCGCAAACGGGUUGGCCGUCUUCGAUCAGCCCAGUGAUGCUGCUGCAGAUACCGCCACUGCACCUGCUCGAAACGAUGCAUCCAUGACAAUCAGCAUCAAAAUUCUGACAGAGCUCCUUAUAGACGAUAGAGGCUACGCCGACCGCGACCGCUCUCGCUCCCCACAGCUCGAUCGCGACGGCGACGUUCGUGUCCGCGACGAGCCCACCAACGGACGCCCCGACCGCGACGAGCGACCGAUCGAGAAGCACGGCGGCGGCCCCGGCGGCGAAGAUGCAGUCAACCCAGGAUCCAACCUCUUCGUCACCGGCAUCCACCCACGUCUCACCGAAGAGGAGGUCUCCCGCCUGUUUGAGAAGUACGGACAAGUCGAGAAGUGCAACAUCAUGCGCGACCCACACACCCGCGAGAGCCGUGGCUUUGGCUUCGUGAAGAUGGUGACGGCAGAAGAGGCAGAUGCUGCCAAGGAAGCGCUGCAGGGCGAGGUCUACGAGGGCCGCACCCUGAGCAUCGAGAAGGCGCGUCGCGCUCGCCCACGCACGCCGACUCCAGGCAAAUACUUCGGACCACCAAAGCGAGGUCCGCCACCCCAUUCCUUCCACUCCUACGACUACUACGACCGCCCACCACGUGGUGGAUUCCGCGGUGGUGAUCGCUACCACGACGACCGCUACGACCGCCGCGAUGACCGCCGUGGAGGUGGUGGAGGCUACCGCGAUCGCUACGACGACCGUGGUGGCUAUGGACGCCGCGACGACUACGGCUCACGCCCCGAUCGCUACGGCUCUUCUCGCGGCGACGACCGCUAUGGCGACCGUCGUGGAGGUGGCUAUGGCGGAGGUGGCUACGACCGGGCUCCACGUGGCCCACCACCAGAGGCUGCCGCUCCCUACGGCGGUGACUCUGGCGCCCCACCAGCUCGAGGAGGCUACGAGGACCGUCGUCGUUACGACUAG